AACUUGGAUAAUCAAAUCAGAAUUCUUUAAAUAUUGUUACUACAUUUUUUUUCUAUUUUCACUUGAAUUAAUAUAUCUUCAAGACAACUAUAAAAUUAUAACAGCAGCGUGCGAAAUUGACAUCUGCAAUAUGCUGUGGUUUGACAUUCUGUCAGCACCAUUUUGUAAACUUUUUACGAUCGGGAUUGAUAUUAAAAAUAAUCUUCCGAGAAAUUGAAAAGUCGAACGAAGCACGAUGUAUUCCGUAAGCCCCAUUAUUACUUACGAAAAAGAUAUAAUUUUGCCAAACUGCAUGUAUAAAGUUAAUAACAUACAUCAUGAAAGCACCCACUUAAAAGGCUUGGAUCAACACUUAACACAGAAUUGCAACAACGUGUCUCAACAGAGGCAAGUAUUAGACAUGCAUAAGCUUGAAGAACAUCAACUAGAGAUUUUGAAGAAAUUAGCAGUUUUGAAGCUAGAAAUGUUAUCCAUGAAAGAAAAUUUACUUAAAGAAUAUAACCUAAAUAAUAAAUUGUCUUCACCAAUGAAGAUUGAAGAUUCAACUCCGAUAGUAAUCUUUUGUAAUCCUUUGCAAAUACCUUAUUCCCUUUUUGCUAUUCAGAAACUUUGGAAGGAAAAAGAAAUUGGAUUUGAAGUUAAAUCUUAUGUUCAUUCAAGUGUUUUAUCUUUAUCACCUGAAGCUGAAGAGUUUAUUCAACAAAUAACUCAGCCAAUUUUUAAUGUAAAACAUAUUUUGAGCGUCACUUUAAUCUGGAAGGAUGUUACUUUUGGUCCUGAGUUAGUCAUUGGAUCAGCGAUGGUAUCUUCAAUUAGAGGAGAAGUUAAUAUUUUACGCUAUCUUAAUUAUGUAGCACCUGGUAUUACUGCAACUGCUUCAGAUCAUGAAACAAAUACUAUUUUAGAUGUUUGCUAUAAACUGUCCAGGGCAAAAACGCAGAAAGAACAUCAAGCAUGUUUACGGUUUCUUAAUAGCAAAUUAGGAAAAAAUAUUUGGAUUUGUAACACAGAGCAAUUGUCAUUAGCGGAUGUUGCAGUUUGUAGUACAAUAAAACAGCUAAAGAAUUCUAAUGAAGUUACACAAAAUAUGACUAAAUGGAUGCAAAGAUGCACAGAAGUUAUUGGUUAUUAA